CGCAGUCGUUCCCCCCGCCCCCCGCCCGCCCCUCCGGCCGCCUCUGCCGCCGCGCGCCGCAGCAGCGCCGCCUUCCCUGCGCAGUCGGUGUCUCCACGUCGCUGGGUGGGACUUGGCUCGGUGGCCAUGGGCAAGCAGAACAGCAAGCUGCGGCCGGAGAUGCUGCAGGACCUGCGGGAGAACACGGAGUUCUCGGAGCUGGAGCUGCAGGAGUGGUACAAGGGCUUCCUCAAGGACUGCCCCACGGGCAUCCUCAACGUGGACGAGUUCAAGAAGAUCUACGCCAACUUCUUCCCCUACGGUGACGCCUCCAAGUUUGCUGAGCACGUCUUCCGCACCUUCGACACCAACAGCGAUGGCACCAUCGACUUCCGGGAGUUCAUCAUCGCGCUGAGCGUGACCUCGCGGGGCCGUCUGGAGCAGAAGCUCAUGUGGGCCUUCAGCAUGUACGACCUGGAUGGCAAUGGCUACAUCAGCCGCGAGGAGAUGCUCGAGAUCGUGCAGGCCAUUUACAAGAUGGUUUCGUCCGUGAUGAAGAUGCCGGAGGACGAGUCGACCCCGGAAAAGCGGACUGAGAAAAUCUUCCGCCAAAUGGACACAAACAACGACGGCAAGCUGUCCCUGGAGGAGUUCAUCCGCGGGGCCAAAAGCGACCCGUCCAUCGUGCGUCUGCUGCAGUGCGACCCCAGCAGCGCCUCCCAGUUCUGAACGAGAGGAGCCAGCUUCCCCCGCCUCCCUGCCUUCACGGGCCCUCUCUCGGCUCUCAGCUUCCUCUCCCUUGUGUCUAUCCAGGCUGGGGGUCAGACUGCCCCCCUCAGGGUCUGCACUCUGGGGGGCCUAUGGAGAAGGGAACCCUGCAGCCCCCGCAAGGUCCAAGCAAGCAAGCAGUUAGCACCUCCCAAUCCAAGAGGCAAUAUCACCCUUCGGCAAUGAUAGAGAGACACAGGCUCUGGCUUGGUGUGCGCCUCAGAGUCAGCCCUCCCUUACCUAGAUAGGACUUCACCCAUGCCUCCCUCCAACCUCCCCCCGACACACACACAGCCACGAGGCCAGACUUCCCUCCCCCAACCAGGGAGCAAGCUCCCCCAACCUUGUAGACCGCAGCCUGGCUGGAAGGGGGAAUCACGCCCAGGUGAGGAGCCUGUCUUUUUAUUUGGAGGGGAGAGAAGGAUUCCAGAGGCGUGGGGGGCUUGAGGAAAAAGCUUCCUUGAGCCAUCCUUCCCUGCAGGAGGGCCUCCACCCUUCCUGUGCCUGCUCUCCUUGGCCUGGAGGCCAUGAUGCAAAAGGAAAACCUCGGAUUCCAGCCCCCCAGCUGUGAGUCCCACGAAUACCCACCCACCCUUCAGCACUGGAUGAACACAGACCACGGAGCCCUCUGUGUAUUUUGCCUCUCUCAGACACGCACACAGGCCCACAGACACAUGGGCAGACACAUCUGGAGCCCCACCCACAGCGUCCUGUGUGGGAAAGAAGCACAGGCCCCC